AAAGAAAGUCUAAUAAGAUCGAGAAAAACAGCUCGCUCUCUCUCUCUCUCUCACGGAUCCAAAUCAAGCCCUAUUUGCCGUAAUAAAACUCCCCUUUUUUUCUCCGAUCAAUCGCCGUUAGAUCCAAUUUCAUUCGCCGGCGACCGCCAUGUGUCCCGCCCUCCGAUCUCCUCUCCUCUUCAUCGCUUCAUUUCUCCUCAUCUCAUCCUCGGUCUUCGCUUCAGAGUAUGAUCACAAGUAUCAGUCAGAUGAGCCAAUUACCCUGUGGGUGAAUAAAGUCGGGCCUUACAAUAAUCCACAAGAAACAUACAACUACUACAGCCUUCCAUUCUGUCGUCCAUCUGGUAACCCUGGCCACAAGUGGGGUGGUUUGGGUGAGGUAUUGGGUGGAAACGAGCUUAUCGAUAGUCAAAUUGACAUUAAAUUUCAAAAGAAUGUGGACAAGACUUCAAUUUGCGAGCUUGAUCUAGAUGAAUCAAAGGUUAAGCAAUUUAAGGAGGCUAUCGAGAAUAACUAUUGGUUUGAGUUUUUCAUGGAUGAUCUGCCAUUGUGGGGCUAUGUUGGGGAACUACAUACUGAUAGAAAUAGCGAUAGCAAGCAUAUGCUAUUUACCCAUAAGAAUAUUACUAUACAGUACAACAAAGAUCAGAUCAUUCAUGUUAAUCUCACUCAAGAGAACCCAAGACCACUAGAAGCUGGGAAAACACUCGACAUGACUUACUCAGUCAAGUGGACCGGAACUAAUAUUAGCUUUGCACACCGCUUUGAUGUUUACCUGGAUUACCAUUUCUUUGAGCAUCAGAUUCAUUGGUUUUCGAUAUUCAAUUCGUUUAUGAUGGUUAUCUUCCUUACCGGAUUAGUUUCAAUGAUUCUGAUGCGGACUCUUAGAAACGACUAUGCCAAGUACGCUAGGGAAGAUGAUGAUCUGGAAAGUCUGGAAAGAGAUGUAAGUGAAGAAUCUGGUUGGAAGCUUGUACAUGGGGACGUCUUCCGACCGCCUCGUCAUUUGGUUUUAUUGUCAGCUGUUGUUGGAACGGGUGCUCAAUUGGCGCUGCUGAUUCUUCUUGUCAUCUUGUUUGCAAUUGUUGCAACGCUGUACAUUGGGAGAGGAGCAAUUGUCACUACUUUCAUCGUUUGUUACGCGCUCACCUCAUUUGUAUCUGGGUACGUGAGCGGUGGCAUGUAUUCCCGCCAUGGUGGGAAAAACUGGAUAAAGUCGAUGAUCCUGACCGCAUCUCUUUUCCCAUUUUUAUGCUUUGGAAUCGGCUUCGUUCUCAACACAGUUGCUAUAUUUUACGGAUCUCUAGCUGCAAUUCCGUUUGGCACAAUGGUGGUUGUUUUUGUCAUCUGGGCUUUCAUAUCUUUCCCUCUUGCUCUUCUCGGUACGGUUGUUGGACGGAACUGGAGUGGGGCCCCUAACAACCCGUGUCGCGUGAAGACUAUUCCUCGCCCUAUUCCCGAAAAGAAGUGGUAUCUCACACCGUCGGUAGUCUCAAUAAUGGGCGGACUGCUACCUUUCGGCAGUAUUUUCAUUGAGAUGUACUUCGUCUUCACAUCGUUCUGGAAUUACAAGGUGUACUAUGUUUACGGAUUUAUGCUACUUGUUUUCCUGAUUCUUAUCAUCGUGACCGUUUGCGUGACGAUUGUGGGAACGUAUUUUCUGCUUAACGCGGAGAAUUACCACUGGCAAUGGACUUCAUUCUUCUCUGCAGCCUCGACGGCUAUUUAUGUCUACUUGUAUUCGAUAUAUUACUACUCGGUUAAGACCAAGAUGUCGGGCUUCUUCCAAACCAGCUUUUAUUUCGGAUACACCGCCAUGUUCUGCCUCGGUUUAGGAAUUCUCUGCGGGGCUGUCGGGUAUUUGGGUUCUAAUCUCUUUGUGAGACGGAUUUACCGGAACAUCAAGUGUGAUUAAGGCUCAUAACGGCCCCACUGUGGCCUCCGAGGUUUUGUAGCUUGUUUUGUUGAUACCAAAUGAAAGAUUUAAAAGGAGGGUUGAGGGGCUUGUUAUUAUUUGUAACUUUUGAGGAAUAUGUAGAAGAAAGGUUUAGAGAAAUGCAAGACUGUUAAUGUAGCAGGUUCUUAAGAAAAAACUUGUUAUAUACAUCUUCUAUUGUAUUCUUAUUCAUCAGUCAUUUCAGAAAAUAAACUUCCAUCAUUUAUCUA